UCGCCCACGGUGACGUGCAGGACUGUUUCCUUCUAUAUGCAGAACAAGAAACUGAAAGUGGACCCGCUGUCCUAUCGCUCAAAACUAAGGAAGGACUCUCCACCGAAGGGAGGCUGAUCCAUUGAUUUGAAAUGGCGGUGGAGUUUUAUGGUUGGGAGGUCUUCUACGAUGAUGACCAUCACCUCUCUGCAGAACAGGAGCCCAAGGCGGGCCGGACGUACACCAUGUACCACGGGACCUCCAUCCAGAUCGCACGCAACAUCAUCACAGCGGGGUUCCAGCAGUCGAGGGACGGGAUGCUGGGGCCGGGGGUUUACAUCAGCAGGAACCAAAAGAAAGCCGAGCGCUACCCGCUCAACUCCGCCAGGACAGACAGAGUGGUCCUCAAACUCCAGGUGGACACCGGCAAAGUGAAGAAAAUCGACACAGACAACCACCCAAUGCAGAAGACCUGGCACGCCAACGGCUACGAUACGGCCUGGGUCCCCCCCAACUGCGGAAUGAAGGCUGUCCCUAGUGGUCUGGAGGAGGACUGCGUGUGGGAUCCCAACAGGAUCGAGGUGGUUGAUAUCGCCCUGGCGCCGGAUCAGAGCAUCACCGCUGAGCUGAAGGGGCUGAUCUCAGGGGCAAAGAGGAACAAGGGAACCGGCAUGAAGCCACAGCAGCAGGCAGGGAACUGUGGAGUGUGCAGAAAGGCAAGGGCCACUCCGCAUCAAAUAGAAACCUGCUGGGGGUGUGGGAACAACAUCUGUACUUUCAUGACGAAACACAAGUGUAGAGUUUAAACACUGGGUCUAGAUUACCUAACUAAGUUCACAGGGUGCCGACCGCAAUGCAAACACAGGACUGUUUGUAUGAUUUCUUUAUGCCGUAUUUUCAAAGCGAUUCCUCCAUUCUUUAAUGAACUCCUAUUUUUUGAAAGGAGAAAGAAAAAUCAUGUUAAUGAUGUUACGAAAUGAAAACCAAAGCACACUGGGAGUGCUUAAGAGCACUUGAAAUAUAUCACUUAGUUGUUUGGUUCCAGUUUUUUAAAAUGAAGAACUGUUUUUAGGUCUUUCAAAAAAAUAGGAGUUAAUUCAAGAAACGCCUUGAAAAGAUGGCCUAUUAGACGAUACGUAACUGCCUCUUUUGAAAAGCCAAUCUGUUUGAAUGAUUUAAUACGGGCUACAUAUAAGUACUGUAUUUAUGACAUGACACUGCCACUGGAUUCAAAUUAUUCUACAGUUUCAAAAAGAUAACUGCCUCAAAGUCUAGUCCAAAGUUCCUUUAUUUUACUGCCUUCUACUGCACUGCCUCAUUUAGAGCAUAUAACUCCAGGUUUGUUAUAUUAUACAUUCGGUUCUAUGGGCAAUUACCAAUUCUGUAUUUAAGUAUUUUAGGGUGUAAAACUUUCAUCACCAGCCAUAUACAGCAAGACGAAUGGUGGGUAAAAUGGGCUUGGAGAACUUAACGUGAAAGUGAUAAUGUAUUCAUGUUUACUAUGACCUUUGGCAAUAAAAUUCCACUGCUUGA